CUUCCACUGAGGACCGUCAAUCUGAGAUUUUGCCAUGGGUGCCAUGAGACUCUGCUUCCUGCUCUUCUGCCUCGUCUUGGCGAGCGUCUCUUCUUUGAGAAAACUUAACGAUAUAAAUGACUUGAAAAAUCUUACAUAUGCAAAGUCUGCACCACGUCAUGGACUCCAGUUAUUGUUCUGGUUUGCCCAAAAAGUUGUGACUGUUGAUCAGAACAACAUUCUCAUCCUUGAUUCCAACUUCGAUCCUAGUAGAGGUGACUUUGGAUUCCAUCAUUAUGGCAACAGAGAGGACAUUCUCCCCUCAUUGAGCUCUUGGCAGAGUUACUAUUCGGUUGGCAAUUUAAAAUCUCCUGGAGCCAAUGCAUUGCCAGCCUAUGUGCGGAAGUAUUACAGAAACACCAAUGUGGCAGAAAGAAACAUGGACAGGCUCAUUAUCUCUGUGAAACAGAAUAAGCCAAACAAGAUACUCUGCGUGUUUAUUACGGCAUACGACCUUCACAAGAACGACUUUAAUCCUGCUGACACUUAUGAGAUCGAUCCUGCUCUGCUCUUUCAGAUUGGAGACCCUUAUAACUGCACUGUUGAUGAGAGCAAUAUUUCUGGUACUUACACAAUAUCACGCAAUCGAGAAGACAAGGAAUAUGACAGAUGCCUUCAGUUUCUGACAGAGACAGGAUACAGCAGCAAUGACUGCAAACACAGUCAUAUCAGCCGCAGAAAGAAACGCUCGCCCUAUUUGCAAUGUAAUGCAUAUGAAGGAAUUAAACUAGAGAUAAAAGCAACUACAGAAGGUUUCUCAAAACUCCUUUGGGAGAUACCUGCUAAAAUGAUGGAAAAUUCCAAGUACGUAUACAUCGAAAUUUGCCAAAACACUCGUUCCAGUGAAACUAAUGAAGUUCAUACACAAGUCAGGAAACAGUUGAAUAUUUAUGAACCGUCUGGGGCUAUAGAUACGUCUGUCUCCAUGAAUGCUGGUCUCCAACCUCGACUGCGACUGUACCCAUCACUUUUUGAUUUUCAGUUUACUAAUCCAUACAUUUGGUAUGGACCAGAGUUUGAUGGAGCUAAUAGAGUGAUCCCCACAAGAAUAAAGGGGUUUGACGCUAGUCUGCAGCUCCACACUGAAGACGGAAAAGCCUGCGCUCGACUCUACAUCAAGAAAACCUUCAGCAACUGGAAAGAUGUUCUUUACUACUCAUGGGUGGCGUUUUACAAGAGUUCACAAGAUAAAAAUGAUGACUAUUCAACAUAUCAGUAUGCUGCUAAGUUUGCAAAGAUUGAAAACUCUAUCACACACAGUUAUGAUAUUUAUCAGUAUAAUUCCAGUUUAGCUAUUGCUCCUGGAGUUCAAAUCCGUUUUCUGCUGGACAAAAAAUAUGACACAGUUUUAGCACAGACUACACCCUGGGAGGGUGUUGAAGCAGUGACAAUAUUACCAUCAUAUUGUGGCACACCGAGUCCUAGUCUUCAGCCUAAAAUCUCAUCAAACAUGCCAGAAUUCUUUUAUGGACCAGAGUAUGAUAAUGUUGGUCUGCAGCUCUACACUGAAGACAGUAAAGCUUGUGCUCGACUUUAUAUCAAGAAGACCUUCGCGGACUGGAAAGAUACUUUCUACUACUCAUGGGUGGGGUUUUACACUAGUUCACAAGAUAAAAAUGAUGGCUAUUACACGUAUCACUAUGUUGUGAAGUUUGAAAAGAUGGCAGUUGCUAAUGAGAAUUAUGAUAUUUAUCAGUACAAAUCCAAACUGGCUAUUGCGCCCGGAGUGCAGAUCCGUUUACUGAAAGACAAAAGUUCUGAAAAUGUAUUAGUGAAAACUGAGCCCUGGAAGAACUGAGCCCAUCAGCCUAUGGCAAUCCAUUAAAGCUUUAAAGUAGGAUAAUGUCAAACUAACAGUAAAAAUUCCUUUUAACUUUGACUUUAGCGAGUCUUUACAUAUAUACAUAUAUAUGUAUAUAUAUAUAUAUAUAUAUAUAUAUAUCAGCAUCAAUCUGUUGUCCAUGUCUUGAUAAGAAUGAUUAUUGACACUGUUCUAACAAGUCAUGCACUGUUAAUUACUGAUCUCUCUAACACUUAUAUCUUGAUAAUUAUUCUAGAAUCUAGAUAAGAUAAACUCUUGUUACCAAUAAUCUUGAAAACUGAAUUUAAUUAUAAUGUACAAUAUGCAAUAGCCUUGCUCUGUUUGUUGUAUACUUUUUUGUUACAACAUUAAAAUGCAUCUGAUGAAAGUGA